AUGAAGGCCCAAUUACAAGUCACUGGUGAGUUAAUAUGAGAUAUUUUAUCGACGCAUGUUGUCUUGUAUUUGUCAUGAGAUUGAUAAAUUGAUAAUUACUGAACUUAAGGUUUAAGGAACAAGUUUUUGCCAUGUUCCUCUAGCCAUAAAACUAAAGAAAGACUUAUUUCCGUAUAUUUAUGUGCUUAUCACUAUGUGGUGUACACUUAAUCAUGUCAGCAGGUUGUAUUAUCUUUACAAUAAGCUUUUUAUGAUCAACUCUAGGUAUACUUUUACAAUAAGGUAACCCAACUUCUUCUUUCCUAGUGCUUUCAGCCAAGCUGAAGGAAAACAAAAAGAACUGGUUUGGUCCCAGUCCAUACGUGGAGGUAGCUGUGGAUGGUCAGUCAAAGAGGACUGAGAAGUGCAACAAUACUCACAGCCCCAAAUGGAAGCAGGCUCUUACAGUGUGAGUAUGACUGUUGUGUUUGCCAAAGGGGAGGAAGCACUUGAACAAAUACGUGAAUACUUACUGGUUGAUGAUCUAGCAGCUGAUAGAAAUGUUGCUUAUGUCUGUAGAUCAGUAUAACUUGACUGAUCCACUGAGAGUAUGCAGGACUGGAACAGCAAUAAUACCGACUUGUUAUGAUUUUUGAGUCUCUACCUGCUCACAUGAUGUGACACAUUCGAUCUCAAAGGAUGUCACCAGAAUAAACAGAGCAGAGAUAAAUGUGAGAGUACAAGAAGAGGGCAGAUACAGACACAGCCACACACCCUAGUGGUUCAUGAGUGAUAACAAAGAGGUUUUUUUUUGGUAUUAUUCAAAACUUUUGUCUUUUUAAUUUUGAUCAAGGAAACCCACACACCUCCUGCCUCUAAAGAAAACUGAAAAUAUGACUAUAACUGAUAUUAAGAGAGGUGUAGAGGCCACAGCCUAACAAAGACGACUUUAUACACACUCUAUUUAGAGACUAACGGUAACUUUAAACAUAAGAAAGAAAUAAACAAUAACAAAAUUUUGAUUAUGUUUUAUUACAGCUGAUUUAUUGUAUUUGAAUCUUUUUAUGCUCAAGUCUAAUGUCCUUGAUCAUUUUCUUCGGAUGUCCUUGUCGUGUCAUAUUUUCUCUGCAGGAUUGUGACUCCGGUCAGCAAACUGAUUUUCCGUGUUUGGAGUCACCAAACACUGAAAGCAGACAUCCUGUUGGGGAUGGCCACUCUGGAGAUCAGUGAGACCCUUAAGGCUAAUGACUUGAAAUGUGAGUCUUUCUUCCUUUCUUUCCUGUUUCCUCCUUUCUCCUUUGUGGUAAUCAUCAAAUUGUUGAAGGCAAACACAUUUUUUUAACCCCAAACUUUCGGCCAUCUUUUCUGUUCACUUGCUUUAGACAACCAUGAUCUUGUAUAUUACGAGGUCAUUUGGUAGGAUUAUCUUGCGCUGUCUUGGGAUUAAACUUGAAGCCACUACGACCUCAUUGAACCACAAUCUCCACAGACGUUGUUACAGCAAUAUUUACUAUUAAACCCUAAAGUUCAUGUUUUUAUGCUUAAGGGGUUGAUUCCCAUAGACUUGUAUUAGCUAUUCAGAACAAAGUUUCUUUUUUGAGAAUUAAUAAAACAUCUUGAAUCCUUUGUAAUCUUCCUCCUGUUAUUCCCUCUCCGUGCCUACAUCAGUCAGCUGAAUACUGUGUUCUGCAGAUGUUGAACACGUGCUCGGUUCUGGACACAGUUGCUUUUAUGAGUCCAUAUCUGCCUGUGUUUGUUAUGCCAAUGUUUUAUUGAGCUUUGAUGAGCUCAAACAUUGAAGGGCAGUGAACUUUUAUUUUUUUAUUUUCCCUGGGACACAUGCCUCACCUCAGCAUAUGACCCCCUGCCUGCUUAGAGUUUGUUUUCAGCUAAAUACAAUGGCUCCCCUCAGACCCGGUCAGUACCAUGUGACAUGAAAGACCGGUCCGUGUUCCAUAUAGCUGCUCUGAAAACUUAGCCUGCUGCUUUUGAGGCCGUGGUGAUUGUUACAACCCAUGUGACUGAGCUGACAGAGAGGCUGACACGGCCAUCUCCAGAGCCCUGACUCCAGCGAGCAGAGCUUAAAGCAGAGGCUGACAAAUUUAAGAUUGAGAUUAUAUUGAAGGAACUGCGAGGGGGGGUUCUCCGAAAGGAACAUUCAGUUUAAUCUCUGCAUUUUUGUAGUAAAAGUAUUAUUAAAACCCCUGCGCAGCUUCUGGAUCAUCUGUUUUCAAUUCUGUCCGUGUACCUUUGUUCCUCCUCCAGUGUCUGAGGUGGUGAAAACACUGCAGCUGAGCUCUGACCGAGACCCCCGGGAUGUUGUAGGUGACCUGUCGGUCUGCCUGGAUGGCAUGCAGGUAGACCCAGAGACGUUUGCAACAGCAGAGAGAGAACAUGGUAAGGAAUUACACAAACUGUAGACCCACAACCUCUUUGAAAGAUGAAUAACGGAGAGGAUGGAUGAUGAACAGAUGUACAGAAUAAAACUGUGCAGAUGUCAAAUUGUAAGGGCUCCUGAUCAGAGUGCUAGGAUGCAUUUAUUCAAGGUUAUUUGAACGACUAAUUUAUUUAAUGUAAAAGUCAGAUGAAAGCACCGAUUAGUUUGUCUUUAAAGCUUAAAGUAGCACUCUCAGUCCUUAUAUAUUAUUCAUUCAUGAACAUUCAAGGAUUUUUUUAAAGGGAAGUUCAUCAGGAAUUGUUCUGUCAUGUCACAUAGCAGAUACCAGAUUAAAUAAAUAGGUAAAUAAAAACCCUGUGGUCAUGAAGCUGUAGUAUUUUAAUAUUUGUCGAAUUAGAAGUUGUACUGCUUCAUUAAAUGAUACCCGACAUGAUAAAUUAAACUAAAUUUAUUGGAUUCAUCUAUUGUUUUAAUAUUUUAGAUGUGUGUCGUACAAUAAAAACACAAAAGACUUUUAAAUAAUAAUAAAAAAAGACCUCAUCUGCAUGCAGCAGUUGUUUUUUUACAUGGUGGCAUCAGACGUUGUUGUGUCUGUCUCCUCCUCUAAACUUUCCUGCCGGAGUGCCGUCUAUUGAGUUUUUUUUUUCAAUAACUCAAACUCAGUGUCAGUGAAGAGGACAUUUAUAAGGAAGUUAUUCUGGAUGUGUAUCAAAAAGAGAACAAUCAGAGCUGACAAGCAGACAAAGCCGAUCUGUUUGUCUGUUUUAAGUUUUGGCAUGGCAUUUUAUCCAUCUGAAGUCACAAUCCAUCUCAUUUCUGUCCUCUAGCGUCUGUUCCAAAUGGAAAUGCGAAACAAAAUGGGGACACUGGCAACAGGUUCAGUAAACUUUUAUAAAGAAACUUUUGUGUGCAGCCAAAUUCAGUUUUUGUGUUUGUAUCAACUGAGGCAUUUGUUUUUGUCUCCAGGUCCAGCAGAGACACAUCUCCAUCCAGUGAUUCAGAGGAGUGGGUUAUUGUCCCAAAUGGUCAUGCUGUCAAUGGCAAGGGUUCACCGUCCAGAUCUCCAGGGGGCUCCAGCGCCUCCCGCCCUCCCAGACCAGCCCGACCCCCUCCUGCCACUCCUCGUAGACCUGCAGCUUCUCCAAGUAGGGAAAGCACAAGAGUGACACUAAAGAUGUUGCAAAAUAACAUGAAUUUACUGACCAGGCGAACUUCAGGUCUGAUCUCUGCUCUUCUAUCCUGUCCUGUCUCCAGCCUCCUCCAGCAGUUCCUCCCCCAGUGAGCUGAGUGAAGGUCCAGCUUCUGACGGCUCUUCUCAGGCGUCAGCGAGUGGCGGUUCAAAUCAGCAGGAUGACUCAGGUGCUGGAGGACCUGCAGCCACAGGAGGGUCCUCACAAGCAGGAGGCGGCCCCAAACCAGGAACCUCCACCCCAGCAGCUCUGGCCACAACAACCCCCAGAAUCACACCAAUGAGCAACGGGCCUUUACCACCAGGGUAAACGAGCAUCUACACUAUAAUUAGUGCUGUACUCUCCUGUAAGGCCUCACUGUAGUAGGUUUCCUUCUGGGUAAAUGUGUGCACUCAUCUGUUUUGUCUCUGCAGGUGGGAGCAAAGGGUGGACCAGAACGGACGGAUUUAUUAUGUUGAUCACAUUGAGAAAAGGACGACCUGGGACAGGCCUGAGCCUUUACCUACAGGGUACUAAAACAUCAUUUUUUUCACUCAUGCUUCUUGCUCCUCUUUGUAAAACUAUGCAGUCAUUGUACUUUUAAAACACACCUCAGAUUUCAACUUUUAACUGCAGACUUUGAGUUUGAAUGAAUUUCAGUGAUUCGGACAAAAUUUUCUCGUAUUUCUGGAAUUCAAAUCCAGCCGUUUAGCCGUCACUGCCGAGUCAUCAUGGGCGUCUUUUCACCUUCCCUUCUUGUAGGUGGGAGCGCAGGGUGGACCCGAUGGGUAGAGUGUACUACGUUGACCACAUAACUCGGACUACAACAUGGCAACGCCCCACUCAAGAGUCAGUGCGCAACUAUGAGGAGUGGCAGCAUCAGCGCAGUCAGCUGCAGGGAGCCAUGCAGCAGUUCAACCAGAGGUUUAUUUACGGGGUAAGAGUCGUCACUUUAGUACAUGAAUACAUAUACGUGUUCUUUGACAUGCAGCGGCCAUGCAAAACUUAUUGAUAUAUAAGGAAUUUUAUACUUUUGCAACUCAGUUUUGCAUGUAGUGAAGCACUAAAUGUCAAAGAUGUGUAGAGUUUGCGAUCUCAGCUCAUUCUUCCCCUCUGACAGCCAACACAGAGUAUUUUGUUGAGAUAAACGUGUCAUGUGGUCCAUGGAUUGUGUCAUAAUGCAAUAAAAAACAAUGACAGCUAAACACUUUUUACUUUUUCAUUCGAGCGCUCACUUAAGCAAAGAUAAGUGUUCAGGUCAGAGUCUGUCAAAAUCAGCUGGAGAACACGGUGACGUUGACCCCGUCUGCUGAAAAGUGUAGCAUAGCUAGUGUAGGAGCUAAGUCUAUACUUAAAGCUACUGAGAUGCUUGACCUAGAGUAACCACUACACUACCGUGAGUCUCUGAUGAUCAGUAAAAGUCCGGACGCCGAACAUUUCCAAAGUCCAUUCGCAAUCGACAUCGAGUAACACUGAAUAAACACAGAAAAACGCCGGCAUUUAGCGCCACAGCGGUCAAAAACCUUUUGCCUUUCCGGGUCAAUCGCCUGCUCACAACAGUGACGUAGCUACCAGAUAACAGGACAGCGACACCUAAGGCAGACAGAGUGAACUGCAACUCAUUUCAGGUUAUCACAUCAACAUAUUCUGCUCCUACGUCUCGCGUCUUGUUUCUGCCAAGUUUCCUUUCAGCAGACCUGCGAGUGACAUGCAACUCAUACAGAAAAUACUGAAAUAUCACUUUCUUAUUCCGUAGAGAAUCUAUAACCAGUGAAUAUGAGGAGACAGUCUCUUUACUGUUUUUGGUUUUAAAUCCACAGGGGUUUAAAAAUUCAAGUCUUACAUUAUGUAGACAUGAUUAGUUUUCUAGCUAACUGGUGUCAAAAAUUUGAGUUUCUAUGUCAGACUUUUUAGUGUGCUUCAAAGGUUCUCCAAACACGUACAUCAGAUUUCUUGGAAAAUAACUCAAAUAUUUUGUAAGCUGAUUUCCAAACAAUUAGUUUUUCCCCCAAAAACAAUUAACUUAGAGACCUGAGCGAGGAUUUUCACGCUUUGGCAGUUGUACUAAGUUUUAGAAACUGGAUGCCUUACAAAGAUUAAUCAUUGUUGUUUCUUUCUGUAAAGUUUUGCAUCAUUAGAGCAGCGUUAGAGGAAGAGAAACUGUGGGGGAGAGAAAUAGGAGUGACAUGCAGCAGAUAUUUAUUUCCUAUAAACCGUGAUCCACAUGAACUGAGGGGGAAUUGAUCCUUCUGCCGCCGCAAAAAGGAGAGUGGCUUUUGUAUAUGGGACGCCUGCUUCACCAACAGAGCCAAACUGGUGUCCAACAACGAUCGAUCCUGUUUCCUUUUUUCAUAAAUAUGACUCUCCAAAGAUAAAUCACAACCAUAACCUCUUAAACUCUACAGUAUCUACAGUAAAAACAAUGAUUUUAGUUUGAUUACUCUCACCAGGUGAUAAUUUCUCUGUCCUCCAGAUUAGGACUUAAACAAAUUAUGAUGAAGACAGCACUUUAUUAAUAUUUAUACUCUUUCUCUCUCUGACUCAGCUCCAAGACCAGCUGGCAGCCACCGCCAAUAAGGAGUUUGACCCUCUCGGACCUUUGCCGCAUGGUUGGGGUAAAUAUCACUGUGCAUUUAAACAUUAAAAAAACACUCUUAACAUGUUAUCUGAGACAAAGGUUUUAAUGUCAGUCAUAACGCAGUUCAAAUGAGUCUAAAAUUUGAAGCAACCAACAUUUCUUUUUCACUGUCAGAGAAGAGAACAGACACCAACGGCAGAGUCUAUUUUGUUCAUCAUCCGACUCGGACGACGCAGUGGGAGGACCCCAGGACACAAGGGUGGGUGUACGCCUUUCUUUCUUUUAGAAUUCUUCAUUUCGGGGGAUGUGGAACGCAUUUCACAUCACAUAGCAUGGAAAAGGUGUGACAACUAAAUCACCUCUGCAGUCCUUGAAUUUUGUAUAGAAAUAUAAACAAGGUGGGGGGAAGAGUAUGUACUCUGGAGUGGUGGGAGUAAAAAAUAAAAGAGAGAGACUUGGGGAGAGACCCAAAGUGUGGAGACAAAACAACUCAUGGAUCAGCAACACUUGAAAUAAGAAGAUGGAAAGACAAUAUCAUAAAAUCCUUGAUUGGUCACCUCCACAAAAUCUGCUCGCUUAUAUUGAACCCACUUAGACCAGAUUUGUACAAAAACAUCUUUUUAUAGAUGUAAACAAAAGGUAAUCUUUUACAUAACGUAUAUAUCAUUAACAAUAUCAAUCCAUUCUUGUAUUGUUGGGGCUUCAGGAAGUAACCACUGUCUCAUAACCGCCUUUUCACUUCUAUCAAGUGAUAACGAUUCUCUCUGAAUUCACUGUAGUUACAUGUUAUUGCCUGCCGGGGGUGCUAACGUGUAAGCAUUUUACUCGGCUUCACCUCCUCUGAAACCUCUGACAAGAAUCAGCUCUGAACUUUGUUGACUGGAGUGACCAACACUUUGCUCGUCACGUGGGCUUAAAAUAAACUGUUUUAUGUUUUUUUAUAAAGUUAUUUUUUGUUCCUGGGAGCCUCAUGAGAAAGCAGAACUGUACUUGAUACAGUUGACCUGUAAGGAAACACUUGCAGAUAAACAAUGACAGGGCAGAUUCUUUGAAACAAAAGGAGGGAUGUGGAAGCAAAGGAAUGAGGAAGUUUGAGAGAAAUAAAAUUUAAUUGUUUGUUUUUUAGCAAAGGAUGUUGUGAUUGUAGGUCAAACUGUACCUGCAAUUAGUCAUGAGUACACCGUGUCUGAUCAGGAAGUUGUUUUCUAUUAAGUGAUUGUUUAAUGAAAGAUUGUUUACUUUCACUCGUUAAUGACUGGAAUUAGUGAGACAGAAGUCCUAUUUUUAACUCACUUUCUUAUUUCUUAAUCCUUUAACUUCACUUUCACUCCUUGUUCUGUGUUUGUAUUUAUUUCUCAAACUAAUGAUCUGUUUUCGUUGGUUUCCUUUCUUCAGGCUCUUGAAUGACAAACCCCUGCCUGAAGGUUGGGAGAUGAGGUUCACCGUCGAUGGUAUUCCAUACUUUGUGGACCACAACAGGCGAACCACGACCUACAUAGACCCUCGCACAGGGAAAUCAUCACUGUGAGCUCUUAUUUGAAAUGUCUGCAUGCAUUAAAGGGAUAUUCCGCCAUGAAAUUAAAUUAGGGUCAAACACACAGUAACACAGAGUUAGACACCCCCUUGAGAGAUGAAUGUUGCCGACUGCUUGCUUCUCUAGUUAUACACAAUACAAUACACAGCAGUCACCGAGACGCUAAGGCAGAAGAACUACCACGUCUGCAGUGCAAAAUGAUUAAUAUGAUGAUUAUUACUUCAUGGGAAUGAUCUGCUGCACUCGGUGAUUGACUCGUCAGGGCUCCCCCACAAACAAGUGGCUGCUGGAAGAGAGUAGGUGAGAAGGGGGUGCAGCCAAAGUUUAAAAGAUGUUUGAUGGCUAGUACUAUGGCUGGGACCCUAUAUGUCCUGUUGAUGAAGUUAGGUGCUGUUCUGAGCAUUAUUUAUGGUCAUAGAGUGGUGUUUUGUUUGAGGUUUGAGCGUGGAGACGUAGACUGUUGUGUAUUGCUAUCGUGCGGCCAUUACUAAAGUUGGUAUAACUUGAGAAGCAAGCGGUUGGCUACAUUCGUCUCUCGAGGGGGUGUCUAACUCGUGUUGUAUUUUUAUUUAUUUAUUUAUUUAACCAGGUAAGAACCCGUUGAAAUCGAGAUCUCAUUUACAAGAGUGACCUGGACAAACACAGGCACUGUUCCAUGGUCUCCCAAAGUCUGUCAUGUAAGACUGAACGAAAUGCUUCCAGCGAAAUUAAUUCCAACAAUUUCAGGUCAGUCUGGGGAGUAUUCCAUGCUGAAGUGGCAGCAAAACCGAACACUUUUUGCCCAGUUCAGUUCUGAUUCGCGGAACAAUCAAAUAGAUAGUGUUGUUUGAGCGCAGGGCUUUCAGUCCUUUGAAGAAGAUCACAUAAAUAAGAAAGAGCUGAGCCAAGAAGAACCUUAUAAAUUAGAGUCAUCCAGUGAGUGGACCUGCGAGUACUCAGAGAAGGCAGUGAUAGACAGUAGUUAAGGACUUCAGGCAUUUGGCUGAAGCAGUUACGGUGUUACAGUGUGUUUGACCAUGACUUAAUUUUACGUCGGAAUAUCCCUUUAAUGUUAAAGUUAACAUGACCUGACCCCAAGAAGAAAACAUUUCACCCCCUUUUGAAUCAAAGUAGCAGCAUAAUUUCACGUCACAUGUGCAGAAGUGUGCUUGUAAAACGCUCUUUUAUAACCGCUCUUGUCUUUUCCACAGAGAGAACGGGCCUCAGAUAACAUAUGUCAGGGACUUCAAAGCCAAAGUGCAAUACUUCAGGUUCUGGUGUCAGGUAUGUGCUGCUGCACAACAGGUGUUGAAAUUCCUUUUUAUCUCCUUUGAUAACCUCAACAAGAUGAUUGUUGGAUCUGUCUCCAUGUCUCUAGUUCCUAACAUGCAAAGAUCCUUCAAAAUGUUUCCAAAUGUGCUGAUCAUGUUUGCUUUACCACCUCUUUAGCAAUUGUCGAUGCCUCAGCACAUCAAGAUCACCGUCUCCAGGAAAACCUUGUUUGAGGACUCAUUCCAGCAGGUUGUUAUUUGAAUAAGCUGGCCUCUAAUAAACAGGACUGUCUCAUCGUUAUUCAGACAUGUGUGACUGUUUGGAUUCUUUGUCUGUGUUCGUAGAUCAUGAGCUUCCACCCUCAAGAUCUGCGGCGGAGACUGUGGGUAAUAUUCCCCGGUGAAGAAGGCUUGGACUACGGAGGUGUGGCCAGGUAAUUUGACCAAUUAAAUUCUGAAUAGUCGCCUAGGUGGAGGUAUGAGGCACGCUUUGUUCUUAUUAGUUAUCUCUUUAUGACAACACCCCAUGAAUCAUGACACACAAAACCUGUUUUUCAGCCUGUACGGCUUUUUCCAGUGAAUCGUUCUUUUCAUGUCCUCUCUCCGUCCAAUUCUAGAGAAUGGUUUUUCUUGCUCUCCCAUGAAGUCCUGAACCCCAUGUACUGUCUGUUUGAGUACGCUGGCAAGGACAACUACUGUCUGCAGAUCAACCCCGCCUCCUACAUCAACCCUGACCAUCUCAAAUACUUCAAAUUCAUCGGACGCUUCAUUGCCAUGGUACCUGCGCUGUUUAUUUAGUGUGGCAUGAGAAAUUUGUACUAAAGGUGAUAGCACGAUGACUGCAGCGCACAGGAUGAGUCAUUCCUGUGUUGCGAAAGACGAUCUUGGUUAAAUCACAUGAAAUUGUACACAGGUAUCUGAAGAAUUUCACACAGGGUUAUUGAAAUGGGUUUAAUUCAUAGAGGCUAAAAGAUGACUGUCUUAUCACAACCAAGAUUAAUCCAUAUAUGGCAACAUUUGGCUUUUAUUUUUACUCAACUAUAUUUUUAUUAGUUUUAUACAGAUUAGGCAGCACAGGGGUGUCGUGGUUAGCACUGUCACCUCACAGCAAGAAGGUCCUGGGUUCAAAUCCAGGUCUGUGUGGAGUUUGCAUGUUCUCCCUGUGUCUGCGUGGGUUUACUCCGGGUACUCCAGUUUCCUCCCACAUCCCAAAAACAUGCAGAAGUGGGGUUAGGUUAAUUGGACACUUUCAAAUUGCCCGUAGGUGCGAAUGUGAGCGUGGAUGGUUGUUUGUCUCUAUAUGUCAGCCCUGCGAUGAUAGGCUCCAGUCCCCCCGCGACCCUGAGAACUGGAAUAAGCGGUAGAAAAUAGAUGGAUGGAUGGAUUUAUACAGAUUAAUACAGGACAUCUCUUGAAAGAGCACAAGAUACAAAGGAAACAUCACAAACACCUCCUUUCCCUCAAGACCCCGUCUACUGCUGGAUAUUCCUAUGACUUUGCUUAAAUAACAAAUUCUGGAGCUAAAACAAAAAUAAAAAAAACAAGUAAGUGCUGGAAUUCGGGUUUUGUAGAUCUUGAAAGAUAUAAGAUGUUGAGAAAUAGAAAGUAAAAACAAAAUAAGUUAAAUGAACUCCUGCACGUUAAGAGAAAUACAUGAGUAGACAAGUCACUGAAAACUGAAAAAGUACAUAAAAGAGAUAAGAAGUUAAAUUGUAUGAUUAUAAAACAUCACAGAUAUAUAUUUUAGUAAGAAAACAACUAGAAGAAGAGAGUGCUGAUUCAAAAUGUUGAGAGUUUCUGAAUGGGGUCCAGAAAACCUUUUUGAAUUUUUCGUCAUGACCUGCGACCGAGUAACGAAUCUUCUCAAGGUCUAAACAAGACGUAAGGUCUUUCAGCCACUGACUGUAAAUGGGCAGCGGGCUUUUAUUUUAACAUUUUUUAACCUUUACUCUUGUUUUUUUGUCCUCCUAGGCUUUGUUCCACGGCAAAUUCAUCGACACCGGUUUCUCCCUCCCCUUCUACAAACGCAUCCUGAACAAACCUCUGGCUCUCAAAGACCUGGAGUCCAUCGAUCCGGAGUUUUACAACUCACUCAUCUGGAUCAAGUAGGUUUGGGGUCAAAAAACCCUCAUGUGUGAAGUGGUCAGUGGAUAACUUAUGGUUGGUUCGGUGUAUUUCUGAAAUUGCUUAACACAAUAAUCAAUCAGAAUUAAUUAAUAGAACAAUUUGUUUAUUCAGCGUCACGUUAAUAACUGUCGUACAUAUUGACUUGAAAAAGAGGUAAAAAGAAGAAUGUUUUGAGAAGUGAUUCCCUCCACAUGAGAGAAUUUUUGCAUCUUUCUCUCUUUAGUCACACUUUAUCCUCGUUUAAUCACGUUAAUCCACGUUAAUGACUCUCUGGCCUGCAGGGAUAAUAACAUCGAGGAGUGCGGCCUUGAGAUGUUCUUUUCAGUCGACAAAGAGAUUCUUGGGGAGGUCACCACCCAUGAGCUGAAACCAGACGGCGGGAACAUCCAAGUGACAGAGGAAAAUAAGGAGGAGUACAUCAGGUACAGCUGGAUCCUAAGAUGCUCCUUAGUCAGCAUGUUUUCAAACCACUGUUGUAACAUUCCCUCUUAUAUCGACUCAUUAUAGACUCAAUUUUCAUACUAUUUGCACAUUAAUGCAGCGUUAAUAAACUAAAAAUACUGACUGCAUUGUUUUCAGACAACAUUAAAUCUUUGAGCCAGUUUAUUUCAGUCCUCGUUUGACCCUUAUUAUCUCUGUUUGCAGGUUGGUGGCAGAGUGGAGACUCUCCAGAGGGGUGGAGGAGCAGACUCAAGCUUUCUUCGAGGGCUUCAAUGAAGUUUUGCCCCAGCAGUAUCUUCAAUACUUUGAUGCCAAGGAAUUAGAGGUACAUAGAAAACGAAACCUUCUCUCUACCACCUUUUCACAAAGCAGAAGGGUUAGAUUAAUACCCUGUAACUCCCUCUUGCCUGUAGGUGAUGCUGUGUGGCAUGCAGGAGAUCGACUUGGUGGACUGGCAGCGAAACACAAUCUACAGGCAUUACGCCAGGAGUAGUAAACAGAUCCUUUGGUUCUGGCAGGUCAGUACAGCCCCGACUUUAAUGUUAAGACGAACUGUCGGUACAAGCACAACGUCUUCUUUCAGUCCUACUUGUUUUGGUAGACCAGCUCUGCACAAAAGAAUCUGUGAAGUCUUGUGAUUUCACUUCUCCUUGAGCUUGUAACAACACCAAGUACUUUAGGACCGGAUUACUUUAUGUUGUUGUCUUUUCAGAAAAUGAGUCAAAAGAGUGCAAACGUCUUUUACUAUGUCAAAAAAAACCAAAACACUUCAAAUUUAGGAGUAUGGUUUUUCAUGCUCUAUGACGUAAGGUAUUAUAUUUGAUGAGUUUGCUAACUAAGCGUGUUCUGUUGACAGUUUGUGAAGGAGAUGGACAACGAGAAGAGGAUGAGACUGCUGCAGUUUGUCACAGGAACUUGUCGUCUUCCUGUUGGCGGCUUCGCUGACCUGAUGGGUAUGAGAAAUUGACACAUACACACACAACACAAAAACACACACUCAGUAUUCUCUGAUUUCUCCAUUUUAUUUUCUCCACUCUCAUUAUUUACAGGAAGCAACGGGCCCCAAAAGUUCUGCAUCGAGAAAGUUGGAAAAGAGAACUGGCUUCCACGAAGCCACACAUGGUGAGACCUGUUUCUUGUGUUUCUUCUUCUCAGGUGUCUGACCAGGAGCCAGGUCUAGAUUUCAUGUGGAUUAAACUUUCAAGACCAAACCCCCUGAGUCAUUUUUCCUUUAUCCAAACACUGACCUUCCCUUAUUGUCAGUGUGUAUAUAUUUAGUGUUUGGGUUAUGUAACAGUGUGUAGGAAUGCAUUGUUACGGUUCAUUGAGUAAUACGGAUUACAAAAUGUUUAUUUAGCAGAUUCUCCCUUCCAUCAGCAUGCAAAAUUAGUGCAGAAUGUAAAAUAACCCGGAGACCACAGUGGUGCACUUUCAUCUUAAAAUCACGUUUUCAAAAAAACCAUCCCUCUUCAGAUGACCUUUGUGGUAAUAAACUUCAAAAAUACAUCCUCAUCUGGAUUAUAAACCUGAAGAAAGCAGAUUACACAACCAUUAAGAUGACACUUUAUGCACACUGGGCAUGCUUGUGCCUGCCUAAUCCAGGAGCACUCAGUGCAAGCAGCAAUCGGUUUCUUUGUUGCAGAAAUACUUGAAAUGAAGUAGCAGUAACGCUGAAUAAGAUCAACACGUCUUCAAGUAGCAGCAUGUACGCUGUGAACGAGGACGCUUCACUGCAACUUUGUUAUGUCCCAAAAAAAAAAACAUCAUAAAAAUAAAAUAAAUAAAAAAAAGAAAAGCAUGUCUGUCAUACCAGUAUUUAUUAUUAUUAUUAUUAUUAUUAUUAAUAAUAAUAAUAAUAAUAAUAAUAUACACCAUCUAAUAUCAGAAACAAUUGUCUCCUCCUGCAGGAAUCAUUGUUGGGACUGAUCUCUGUUGGGAAGCAAAUGUGUAAAACUAUAGUCUUAGUAAAAAUUCAUACAAACAGAGCAUUAUUUUCCUUCCAUAAAUCCCUGUUUUUGUGACCUAAACUGAAGUAUUUUACACAGCAAUAAUGUAAAUAACAUUUAAAUAUCUGCUGAUUGAAAAGGGUUGAGUUUUUCUCUCCGUCAAGGAAAAAAAAUGCACUUAAAAGAGUGUAAUGAGUCUUCUUAUUUCCUCUUUUUUCCACUGCAGCUUUAAUCGUCUGGACCUCCCUCCGUACAAGAGCUAUGAGCAGCUGAAAGAGAAGCUCAUGUUCGCCAUCGAGGAGACAGAAGGUUUUGGGCAGGAGUAAUGAAACAGGAACAGAAGCUGCAGCAUCCACUUCAGACUAAAGCACCUUCCACCAGAUCCUCCCUGCAACCAGAAGCUGCUUACAAACUGGUAGAUGGGCGUUCAUUAUACACAGUUACGUGUCCCUACCGUGUUUCAUUAUAGGUUCACUUAUCCCACAAAGGCCUGUGAAUCCUCCUCGGCCAGUUUCAUCCCUCACCUGUAUGAUCCCAGUCCCACCCUCAUCACUGAGCCCGGCUAAGCCCACUAUCAGGCUUAAGAGGCCAAAGGGGACGCCUGUCUCACCCUGUCAUGCCUGCACUCGCUGUCGAUUGCGUAAGUGCAGUUUCUACACGUAAAUCAGUGAACCUGUGCAGUAGUUAUUACUUCUUAAGAACCGCCUUGUUGAAUCUUUGCACUAGAAUUGAUAUUGUCAGAGGAGAACCUAUUUGUGCAAAUCAAACGCUUCACAUGUAAAGCCAGAACGCAGGCACAAAUAUGGUGUUGGGCUCAGACUCAGCAGUAUUUUUCCUUUGUCGAAGAAUGGAUGAAUGGAGGUGAUUUUUUUCCCCCCUUUUUUUAGCAGCUGACUGACUGGACUGAUUCUUGUAGCACAUAUAUAGUUUCUUUAACGACUUUGAUAAAUCUAUUAUUGAUGAUUAAAAUGAUUCUCUUGUUUUAACAGGUUGAUUUCUUAAUUUUAUAAUGAGUUGAAACAUUGAACUUUGCACAUAAUGAAAUGAGCAUUUGGACGGAUGUGAUUGUUCUUUGGAGAGGUUGUAUUUUUAUGUGCAAUAGUUUUUUAGUCACAUUUUUGCUGAUGAUAGAGCCGAACGGUGAUUUCCUUGAUCAUUUUGUAACGUUAAUUCUGUGAGUUUCAGCGGUUACUAAUGAUUUAUCUCUUAAUAUGAAGUCGAGUACAUUUGCACAUUUGUAGGUGUACAUGAGGGAGCUGGUUUGGAUUUGAUUUGACAAACUUUGCCUUCUCAAAAAUGGUCCAUACUGUUUAUAUUCUCAGCCAUAGAUAGAUUUAUGACUUGUUACUAAUGAAGUGGGAAUAUUAUGAUGUGGUAUAAUGAUGAUUUUGCCCUUUCCCACUGAAUGGUUGCCAUUUUGUUGAUAGCUAUCCAGAAGUUAGUUUUAUCCUAGAUCAGUCAUAGAGAUACGAAACCUUAACUGUUGAUGAUGUGUUGACUUACUAAUGAAGUUAAUGUAAAUAUACUUACAGAUUAGAUAAUGUGUUUGAUAAUCUAAUAAAUUUAGCUCAUAAAAACAACGAGUCCCUUUGAGUUGCAGGUAUAAUACCAUAAAUAGGAUUUAAAUUAACAUUAUAGAAGAUUACCCUAGUUUUAUAGGGUGAUAGGUAUUCAGAUUUGUACAGUACUUGUGCAUUUCCUUUUUUUUUUUUUAAUAGCUCCACUAACAUUGGCUUGAAGUUUUGUUUUAGUACCAGGUUUAGUGUAACUUCAAAAAAACAAACACUAGGGAACCUAUCAACCAAAGGAUUAUAAUUCUUUUUUUUUUGUUAAACAUGAGUCAACAAGUGUAUUUCGUUCUUAAAACCCUUUAACUGAAAACAGAUUUCACUGAUGUUGCAGCCACAAAAGGUUGUGACUUGUCUUUUUAUAAUAUAAGAGGCUACGAGGUACAAAAAAACAUAAAUAAGUCAAAUUAAGAAUAGAAAUUUUCAUGAUUUCAUGGCUAAUUCCUGUCCAUGUUUGAAGCUGUUUAGUCUUUGUAUAGAGAGCGUGGUGUGAAUUACAUAAUUCAGUGUGUAUCUCAGAUAACUGAAAGUUGCAAUUACAGAAUCAGGUUGAUUAAGUCUUUUUUUAUCGAAUAUCAUCUCUGCAUUUGUAAGAUUGUUGUCUCUAUGCCCCAUCCUCCCCCGACUCCCAACAGGUGUGUAAACUCUUAGUCAGAUACCAGUUACUGCUCAGUUAAAGCUUCAACUGUGUAAGAUGUUUUAUAAUCCCUCACAUCUUCCUCUUACUGUCAGAGUAAGUCACAUCUACAGACUUAAGUAGUAAAUAAAAAACAAAAAGAAAACCUUGUUAAAAAAGGUUUUGUAAUUACAAACGGGACUUUUUUAUAUUGAAACUGACAAGAGCUUAUCAUAUAGCACCUUUACACUCCAAAAAGGUUGAAUUAACCACUUCACUGUUGAGUCACUGCUGUGCUCUUGAUCGUGGAGCAUUUAAAUGUGUAAAAAUAUGCAAAAUAGUGUUUUGUUGUUUGAUUGAAUUGUAAAUCAUGUUGAUAGUGUAAUCACUGUUUUUUUGAGGCUCUUAACUUUUUUCAUAAGUCAAAGUCAGUGGUUGAAAACUAUUUAUUUGGAGGAUGGGUUUCAUGUAACAAUGGACUGGAUUGAUUGAGGAAAAAAACAAUAAAAUGAUUAAAACACUGGGCUCCUGCAGAACAUGUGUGGACUGUGAUUUCAUCGUCACUGUAACAUCUUUUACACUUUUUACAAUAUCCUACACGAAAUUGUUGAUAAUUUCUCUUUAAAAAAAUACCUGCUAAUUAAUAUUUCUUCCAUGUUGUGCCAAAUUUUAACCAAAGGGACUUUUGGUCAAUCUGGAUUUUGUCCCUGUAGAGAAAUUCUUGCUGAAAUGGCCUCUCUUACUGUUAGUAGUCUUUUUUUUUUUACUUCAGUAUUCAUCAAGUCAGCUACAAACUCCUCACAUGAGCUUUAACACACUACAAACUAGCAGUUACAUAAUUUACAAAGAAACAACAGGAAUGCGCUAUGAGCAAGCAUUAGUCAACAGUAGCAGGGAACAUUAACUUUCGUUGAACAGGCAGAAACUUUGGGCGAGACCAGACUCAUGGUGACCAGCUGUCUGCCAAGACUGAACGGUGAGAAAAGGAGGGAAAGAUGGAUGGAGAUGAACACGACAACAAUCGAAAAGCUUUGUAGCUACAAUUGAAAAUUAUGAUUAUACAAAUAUGUUUCAAUAUUAAUAACAUGAUGUAAUAAUGUUAACUAACACAGCAGUGUAAUUAAUUAUAAAUUAAUCCUUUAAUUAAUACAAGUUCAACCAGUUUCCAACUAUUGUGGAAAUGUAAGCAGAUAAUUGUGGUUAAAUACUGAAUCUAACUGGAUAUUUAGCAGAUUUAUCAUAGUAUGACAAGAGUUGUAAGAUUCAGUGGAUCAUUGUGCACAGGGGCGGUACAGAGUUAAACCCAUAAUGAGUAACAGCAAAUGUUUAAUCUGUUUUAGUUUUCUAGUUAGAACCAUACGGUGGCUGAAAACCACUGCUGCUGCAAAUAAAAAAGAAGACACAAUGGGAGUUACCUAUGCAAAAAAAAAAAAAAAAGAAACUGAAGCCUGCUGCAAAUAAAAAAAGAAACGGUACAGUUUUUAAAUAAGCCAAAAUGAAAGUUAACGACACAAAAAAAGCCACAAUGGAAGUGAGCUGCCAGGGACCAAUAACGAUGAUGCACCGGUGUUUUACGAUCUAGGCACAGAAGACGACGGUGAGAAGACGAGCAAAGAAGUUAGUGGAAAUGUUAUUGUUCCAUUUUGCUUCGUGAACUUUUCAAUUCGUCAUUUGGUCAGGCCAUUUUUUUUUUUUGUGCAUUGUUAACUUCCCGUGUGGCUUUUAAAAAAAUCUGCACCGUUUCUUUUUUUAUUUGCAGCGAGCUUUGUUUUUUACAGUGGUAACUUCCGUUGUGGUUACUUUUAUUUUUAUUUUUUCCAAUUUUUUUUAACUUGCAGCAGUGGCGGUUCUCGGCCACCAUUGCUACAAAGUUAACCCCCCAAUAUGUAAAGGCAAAUGUUUAAUCUGUUUUGGUUUUACUCCUCUAGUUAGAAACAGACUUAUAGAUUUAUGAACCCUUUUGUAUUUCUCACACUCUUUUUAAGACAUACAGUCACACACUUUACUGUCGUUACGUAAGAAUUAACUGGCACUGACAAUGAUUCAUUAAAAAUAACAGCCCAGCUAAUGUCACAUCAAACUCUAGUGGGGGUGGGGUAAGAUGAGCCAUUUUUCAUAUUUUGGAUCACUACAUCAAGUCAAUCCUAGUCCAAUCAAGUCAACUAGUGUAUCUGCAUAUAUUUCAGGAUGUUGUUCAUCCCUGCAAACCAACAAAAUGGGUGUAAACAGAACUGUCUUGAUAAUAUAGCAUGCCAAAAAAAGUGGUCUCCUAUGGUCAAUUUACCCCAUACACGGGGGAAGAAAAAGUCAAACAUUUCAACAAUCUGAACUGAAACUCUGAUCCUCUCAUCAGACUCCUUUACUUUCUCAGUUACCCCUGAACUACGAGGAUGACUUUAUUAGUCCUCUAAACUAAAAUGGUGGACUUUUAUGUUAGGUUUUUGACCUCAUGUUGUAGUUCACAGAUACCACAAUUGAUGUUUAAAACAAAUUUAAAAUGAUCUUUUUGGUCUGAACACAAUUCUAAUCAAAUUUAUGACUUUCAAGAGUGGAAAAUGUUGUUUUGAUGCCUGUCUCCUAAAUAUUUGGUCACAUGAUCAAUUUCUUUUACUGUUUCCAAGCAACAGGGGUGGCUCAACUUACCCCACUCUCUCCUAUUUCUCACACAGAGGUUAGUCAAUCCGUCCUCACUCUUUUUAAGACAUACAGUCACACACUUUACUGUCGUUAUGUAAGAAUUCACUGGCACUGACAAUGAUUCAUGAAAUAACAGCCCAGCUAAUGUCACAUCAAACUCAAGUAUGUAGUAUUACAUCAAACCAAGUGACACAGCGGUGACAAAUAAGUCACUAUCUGUCGUCUUAUAGCUUUUCAAACGUGAUAACCUGGGAGUUUUAACUCUCUACAAAGUUUAAUACACAUUUUUUAACUCUUAAAAUGAACAAAAACAGCAAAAUAAUAAUAAAAAAAAAAAGUUCGUUAGCAUAGGAACCUUAGCUGCUGAGUUUGACUACGGCGACAUUUCACUGAGACACCCGCCUCUCUCUGUGGACAGCCUGUGCAGCAUGUUUUAAUGUCCUGUUGGCUCUGCUGAAAGUCAUGGCAGGUCCCGAUCUGAUUAAAACAGUUUUAUAUACUGUCAAUAAUUUACUACAGCAGGAGAAAUAUAAAGCGGCUUUGGCAGUAUUGAAGGGAUUCAGAAAUGGCGCCGUGUGAGUGAAUUUAUUCUGUAAAUUCAGCUGUUAGAGACAGAUGCUAUAAACUGAGCUAAUACUAAUAAUGCUGAUCAGCUGUUAGAUUUAAUGUUGUUAUCAAUACUAGCAGCAUGGAGCCUUUGUGGUUUUUAAUGUUUAUAUUAGCAGGUGUGUAUAACAGACUAAAAUUAACCCUGUUUUUCUGCACUAAUGUUUUCAGGCACUUCACUAACUUCAUUAUUAUUUAUUGAUUUCUCAGGUAUGGAGCCAAAAUCCGAGCUCCACAUGCUCUGGUCAUGACAUUUCUGUUCAGAAGUGGCAGGUAAGAAACUCUGUCAUGAUGUUUCAUGGAGGCUGUAAGCAGAUAUGUUUUAUUUUGCUUUGUUUACCCAUGAUAUUGAGUACUUUCAUAUUGUCCAGCUCUUAUUUAGUUUGUAAUAUAAAGAUACUAAAGCUACUUUCCCCCCUGUGGUUAUGUAACUGGUGUGACUCUGCAUUGUGGUUACAGACAAAGACACCAGUGGGAUUGUUCAUCUGCGUUUAUUCUGUAAUCUGUAAACCAGAAUGACAGGGGAAACCUUAAAAAUGUUGGCCUUGAAUGAACAUAAGUUGGCACACUAAACGGACAAAACACAACAAAACUAACACUCUGGAUGUCACAUGAGUGAAAGGAAACUAGAAAAUGUUUAAUAAACACGCCAAGAAAAAGUAAAGUAGAGAGUAAAGAAAGUAAAGGAAACCAACGAAGAAGCUGCACAUAAAAAUAAAUCAAAUCCACAGAAGGUUUCCACAGUCAAACAUCAAAACACAGGCAUAAGUUUGGUAAUUAUAAAGAAAAAAAUAAUGAUGUACAUUUCACUAUGUUACAGUUACACUUUCCCCUCAUUUUUCCUGUUAUCUUUGAAUAACAAAGAGUGUUUUCCUGAAGCCGUGGUCUCUGGUGCAGCAAAAUAAAGUUGGAAGUCCACUUGGGAGAUUGAGAAACCAAGUGUAGAUUUAUCAGUUUUAUAAGUACUAACUGACAAAUCUACACUAAUGCACAUGCUCUGUGGUUGUGAUGCUGUGUUUUAUCUCUUAAUCCUUGAAAAGUUAAAGGACUUUAACUUUUCAAGGAUUAAAGGAACUGUAUUUGUCAUACCCCACACCUUUGACUGUCUGUGUAACAAAAUGAGUGCACAGGUCCGUUUCCAAGCCAAGAGUAAAAAUACAAUACAGUAAAAAAAAUAUAAUGCAAUAGCUAAGAUACAACCCAGUAAAGAGCAAAAUGUAAACAAAAUUCAAACCCUCGAACCCUCAUUUGAACUCUUGGGGGAGAGUUCAUAUUUGCACUUUGUACAAAGCAGCUGUCUCACUCGUCAACAACCACAAAUUUGCAGGAUUGCCUGUUAGCUUGUCCCCCACGUGAAACAGCAGCAGCAGUGGUGGAAGAGGCACCACCAAUGAGUGGUGCAACAGCGAGUGUUUAACCCUGAAUGACCCCCUCAGGUCUUUUAAGGGGACAAUGGAGAGCUGAAUGGUAACAUAUAGAUACUACGGCUGGGACGAUACGCUUUUCUCCCGAUUCGAUUCUUCUACGAUUUUUUUGGAUGCCAAUUCAAUUUAAAUGGCGAUUCUACAACAUUGUCGAUUUUCUUAAUUUUUAGUCUGCAUUUUUAACACCAGUGAAACAUUUGAAUGAUCAUGAUCGUCUACUGACUAUUCCAGGAACCAUAUUUCCUCAAAAUACACAUAAUAUGCAAGUCAGUUUUUUAAAAUGUAUUCUUAAAUCAAAAAAAAAAGAAAAGAUUUUUGAACAUAAAAAUCUAUUUAAAAAUUGUAAAACAAAAAAAAUGUGAUACGCAUGUGAAUCGAUUUUUUUCUCCCACCCCUAAUAGAUACCAUCUCCAGUAGGACUUGUAUUGGAUAGUAUUCCGUUUGCAGAUUAUAUCUCAUCUUAGUUUUACAUUAAGUUUGCAAGUAUCUUCGUCUUCACAGCUUGUAUAACCAAAUUGCACCCAGAUAUCUACUUUAGUGUCCAUCAGUGGAGCAUAAGAUAAGAUAAGAAGAACUUAAGUGAUCACUGAAGGGAAAUUCAUCUCUGAGUCCUGGCAUGUUUGUUUUGAAGUAUGAUAAAAGAUAAAAAUCGAUUUUAUUAAGGAUAUUCAUUUCUUUUACAUUUUUAACUCAGCCUUUUGAGGUUAAUCUAAAGCUAGGCUGAGUAACAUGAUCUUAACCUGAAUCUCCAGACUUUUAAAAACGGCGAACAGACCUAGAAAUGAGCUCAACUUUAAUAUUUUGUUCAGACAGUGACAGGAUGACACUUCUACAUGGUCAAAACAAGCUUUGUUACAAAAUGAGAUUCAUAUAUGUUGGGAAAACAAGCUUUAUUAAUCCAAGAUAGCAGGAAAAAACAAGUUAAUUGUUAUCUUGAGAUAAGAGGAUAAUAAAUGUGAGAAUUGGAGAAGAGAGUUUUGUUGUUCUCACGAUCUAUACUAUCACACUCCUCUCUGUGCCUUUAUUGUCUAAUCCUAAUUAUAUUUUGUUUAAUAGUUUGAAGGACAAGCUCAGAGCCAUUUUGAAGGCCACAUACACUCACUCUCGCAACCUGGCGUACUUUGUGUUCACGUACAAAGGCCUGCAAGCUUUACAGGAGAAGCUGCAGGGAAAGACUCUGCAGUCUCACUCUUUUCUGGCUGCCUGUAUCGGAGGAUGGUUAGUGUUCGGAGACAAUAACAACAUCAAUAGUCAGGUAUGAUGAACUAUUCGUUGCUCUUCCUGAUUAAACUGUGAAAAAUUGAAACUUGUUCCUGCUAAAACUCCUCUUACGUCCUUUAGAUCAACAUGUACCUGCUGUCCAGGAUCCUGUUCGCUCUGUCCCGCCUGGCUGUGGAGAAAGGAGUCAUCCCUCAGCCCAAACACGACCCUUUCCCACUCUUUGCCACUCUGGUGUGGGGCAUCGUGUUGUGGUUGUUUGAAUAUUACCCACACACCCUCCAGCCGUCUCUGCAGUCCUCAAUGAACUACCUCUACCACGACAGCAACGUGUGGCACGACAUCACAGACUUCCUUAUUUAUAAUAAACCAAGGACUGCUGCUCCUAAAUGA